CACGUAUCUCAUAUUUCCCGCGCUUGGCACCGCACCAGUCCGCCACACGCUUCUAUUCCCGUCUAAUGCUCGUGAAAAAACACGUAAAAACGCAUUUAUUUUUGUAGCGAGCGGCCUCUAAAUUUAGGCCGUAUGGAAAUCGAAAGCUGUACCGAGUGAUUUUGGUCGCGCCGGUGUUGUCUGUAUUUAGAUAAGAGUUCGUCCACAGUGCGGGCUGUUCUUCAGCGAGUGUCUGGUGCAUCAAGAGUGCACCCUCGUCAUCACUCAGCCCCGGAGUGCAGUGUUCGCCUGUUGUUGAUGUCACAAAUGUUGCCCGAAGGCGGAGGUGAUUAUUGUGUUUUUAUGUAUGUCUGUGCCUUGAUUAUUAUGUGAGUUUGUGAAUGAAGUAAUAAUUAAUAACAAAACGAUGAAGGAGAAGUGAUGCGUGGGGCGGCUUGCGGCGACGUGUGUCCCGCGCCCGCGCCUCUCCCUCGUCCAACCAUCAACAGAACAUCUGAAAGCAAGGAUCUCCUCAGACAACAGCUGCUGUCUGCAAGCAAAGACAGUUACUCGGAAAAAUCUGACACAGCCAAAGCGAAGCAGGUGCGAAAUAGACAGAAGAACAGAUGGAAACUCAAGUUCCAUCAUCAAGCCCUUCCCCAAGAGUACCUUGACCACUAUGAACAAAGUCUACAGAAAAGUAAGAAGAAGUCACAAGAUAAACCCAAGGAUCAAAGUAAUGACGCACAUGUUACAAAUGAAGCUUUCAAAAUUUGGGCACAGAGGCUAGCCGGCGUUCAGAAUGACAAUGCGGCGAUGGCGCCUCCUCCUCAAGUUCCUCUGUCCAAGCCGAAGGAAGAUAAGAAGAAAAAAUCUUCACCAAUAACAUCGAGUAGAGUUAUCACGUACGAUGACUUACCAUACAUGGGUGAAAUGACGCUGAAUAACUCCAAGCCAAGGCGUGGAAGAAAGCCCAAAAAGGCUGAUAUAUGCCACCUAAUAUACGAGAACUAUGGGACUGUAGUGCCAGGGCAACCGCCUCCUCAAGACAAGUUCGGCCCUAUAACAGUAACCGCACUUAGACCAGACACUCCUGUCAAUAACUCAAAAACAGAUUUACAAAAUAAGAUUAUUUCCAGCUUACUGGAGAGGAAAAUUUCUCAAGAAAACAAAAGGCGACGGGAGAAUCCAUCACCGCCGCAAUUCUGUAGUCCGGACGACCCAAUGCCAGAAGCGCCACUCACUGCCGUGGGUCCCCUACACAGUGACGAUGAACCCCUGAACCUUUGUAUCAGAGACUUGCACGAUCUGAAGAUUGAAAUACAAAAGAAGUUCGGCAAUAUUUAUAGCUCGACUCCAGAUAUUAAAACUGAACAGGAAGAGGUAGAAAACAUAAAACACGAACAGCCCAAUGCAAUAUCUGUGAUACAACGCAACACGAAUUUGCCUCACACGGCGAGUAGUUCUCCCCAACUGUCACCACAGCCGCGCAACAUCUCCCCCACACUCUCUGAGCCGGCACACUCAACAACCAACCUGGAGGAAAAUGACAAGUUUCCUGCAUACGUGUAUUGGCCAAACGCGGGCAUCUACAUGCACCCUCUUGCUCUACAAACACAACUUCUGUACUAUCAGAGGCUAGCAGCGGCCGGUCAGUUAGCGAUACCUCAAAAUGAUAAACAAGUAACAACACCAACAAACAGUCCAGAAAGUAGCGACGAAAAUAAAAGUAAACUCGUUCUCAAGCAGAUAUCUGAUCUUUUAGAUCCGAAAAUUGCGAAACAAGUUGAACCAAAAAGUACAGAUAUGACCAAAAAGCGGGCGUCAUCCAAUUUGACUCAAGCACCGGUAAAGAGGAAGCGGUCAGCUAUUUUCAUCCCACCAGUGCCAGCAAAACAUAACACCACGACGCCUACUACAGAAGUCAGCAUUUGUAAAUUUAAAUUCACAGGAGGAUCAAAGCCUUCUUUACAAGAGAAGAAAAUGUUAUCUGUUGAUUCUGGAGGCAACUUUAGAUACUAUAGCGGCACGGGCAAUAAAGGUAACAAGGGUUAUGAAUAUUUGCAGCGAAACAACGAAAGGAUCAUACCUAAUAUUAAGCCAUCAGUUUCUGUGCCAAAAGAACAGAUUAUAUCAAACGAUGAUAUAAGUAAGAAGAAGAGGAAAUCAAGAAAGACGCUGCAGAGGGAAAAGCUGGAGCAGACCUUUAAGGAGAAAGGGUUUCUGAUUCAGACCCAGCAGUUACAGUCAGCAGAGGGAGCGACGUAUUGCAAGUUCCGACAGCUGCGGAAGUUCACGCGUUAUCUGUUCCGGAGUUGGAAGGACUAUUUGCCUGGCGAACUCGAGGAUAGACAGACGCAGGAGGCAGUCGCAACACCACACAAAGAUAACGCUUCGGAGUGGGGAUAAACAUUUUGGAUAGAACGAAAAUCUUGUUGAAAACCAAAGAAGCAGGAAUUAUACAACAUCGGCAGCUGCGUUUAUGACGUGAACCUUAGAUAAUUUAUACAUCUAGAUAGAGCCUCUUGCUGCUAGAUAACCAAUGAAAACAGGCCAGGUUUAUUACUUCCGUGUGCGUGACAAGCUACGUCUUACAUUUGCGAUUUAUAUCACUUUGUGUGCAAAAUUGAGGUUAACUCUUAACCUCAAUUUUUUGGACGUUUUCACAUCUGUCACAGUCUAUUUUGACGGAUAAAUGAUCUAAGACUUGAACCAAUAAAUAUUCAAGAGAUCGGUGGGCUCUGGAUACUAUUUUAGAAUAAUUUACGCAGUAAUGUAAAGUGAAGUCAUGCUUUUUCUACUACUAUUGUUAUUGUUAACCACUUUUUGAGUUUACUGUUAAGCAUUUGGUGUUGCCCGUACUACAUAUUGUGUUGUAUUUAUUAGACUGUGCUGCUUGUCAGCUAAUAUUGAUAUUGCAUUUAACAAAUUGAUUUAAAUCAUAUUAAAUCCGUCCAGAUGUUGGUUUUAUAUAGAUUGAUAACUGUAUGAUAUAAAAUUGUACAGUUUCAAACUAUCGAUGCUUAGUUUUCAAAAUGAUAUUAUAUAUUACAUAUUAGGAUAUGAUGACUAGGAGGAAAUUAAUUUGUAAAAUCUUCCUACAGUGAUUUUUAUUGAAGAUUGUGUGGUUUGUGUUAGCUUUUAUAAUACAGACUUAGAAUAAUAUAGAUGGAACAAAUAAGACUUAAUGAGUCGUACACAAUCAGAUGGUAUGGAAUGCAAUAAUGUCGCAGUAAUUUAGGACUAAAUGAGCGAAGCAUCGUUGGUAAAGUUCUUAUUUAUAAAAAAGAGAUGGAAAAAAACAUAAGGGCUAUAUUUCACCGGUCAAGCCACUGUGCCGUGUCUGUUAGCUACCAAAAUAGACACGGCGCCUAUUUCUGCCGUGAAGCAGUAAUGUGUAAGCAUUACUGAGUUUCAGUCUGAAGGGCGUCGUAGCUAGUGAAAUCACUGAGCAAAUCAGACUUAACAUCUUAUGUCUCAAGGUGACCAGCGCAAUUGUAGUAGCGCUCAGAAUUUUUGGGUUUUUCAAGAAUCCUCAGCAGCACUUUAUUGUAAUGGGUAGGGCGUAUCAAUUACCAUCAGCUGAACUUUCUGCUCGUGUCGUCCCUUAUUUUCAUAAAAAAAAUACACUAUACAGAAUAAUGACGCGUUCGAAUUGUCCGUUUGGUUGCGCAACUAUUACGGACACCAGGUGAGUAACUCCCUUUAGAGCUGUAUAUAUUUUGUUAGUAGCGCCGACUGGUUGCGCCUUGUCUUGUCUCGCUGAAAUAUAGCCCUUAAGUUCCCAUCUAGUCUGACCUUGUUGUGAUCAGCGCCUCUUUACCAUAGUAAAUACUUCAUUAAAAAUAAUCAAUAAAUUAUUUCAGCGUAUUUGCCUCAUAAGAAGCUUACCAUGUGCACACCAUAGUUUAUACUAUUGCAUUCAAAGUUUCAGUCAAUAUUGAGUAAUCUCAAAUUUUUCAUUGCUAUUUGAUCUGUCUAUGUUAUUCUAAAGUCUGAGUACGUCAAGUACAAAUUGUAUGUAAAUAUUAGUUAUUCUAGUCACUAUGUUAAGUUAAUAUUGUUAUCUUGCUAAAUAAAACAACUAUUUAUGAAUAAUAUUUAUUAAAAAUGUGAUUUCAAAAAAUGCAACAAGAAUGUAAAACGAUAAUAUAUAACAUAUAACCAAA